UCUCUCUCUCUCUCUCUCUCUCUUCUUUUCUCCUUCCAUCUCCCUUUUUUCAUACUUUCUCUGUCUCCCUCUUUCCUAAUGAUUAUUUAAUAUGAAUUUAUCUCAGCAAUAUAAACCAGCUGUACGUUACCAAAUAUUUUCAAUUUGCAUAUUAAUUGAUAUUAGUGGAUAUUUCAUGUUCUUGAUGUAUUACUAUGGUUGUGUGAGUUAUAUGUAGACAUUUUUAGAAAACAUUUAUAUUUUGCACAUUUCAGUUGACACUAUAUCAUUACAAUAUACAUUUGGAAAAGAUGGAGUGUGAUAUUCGUAAAUACACAAGACAGUUAAUAAGAGAUUAUUAGUAUCACAUCUUGGGCAUGCAUACUUCUAGAAGUAAAUUGGCAAUAUGGCAGAACAACAACAAACUCCUUCUGGUUUUAAACACAUGUCUCUGGAUAAGAUUAUCGAAGCUAUGACUCCAGAUUUGGAAGGUUCAAAUGGUCAUUACGCUCAGUUCAAUGUUCCCGCGCAACAAACCACUUCACGCAAUUGGAGAGGAGAUUACGUACCUGGACAAGCCAGACAUCACAUCGCCAGUCAACCUGUCGUCGCGCCAUCGAAUACACCUGGGAUACAAUCUAUCACACCAAUGGCUACAUCUCUAUACAUGCAAGAUAUGCCGAAUUAUGAUGUCGCGCCCGCCGAUUCGAUAUACUUUCCAUCACAGACAACAGUAAAUCACUUGGGUAUUAACGAGAAUAACGAUUUAAUCGGUACCAUCGAUGUCGGAGGUGGCAACUAUAUUAAUGUCAUUUAUGGAAACGCCUCUCAGAUUAUGGCCGAGCAGUGUCGUCUUACAAACAUGACAUCGUACUCGAAUCAAAGUAUCGUUAAUCAGGAAUAUGGACUUUUCAACGAUCCACACAUGACUGUACCAUCCGAAUUGCCAAGUCCGAAUUUUAACGGGAAACAAUUAAUCGACAAUCUAGUUGAAAAUUGGGUGCCAAAUCAAUCCGGUACUUACAGUCCGUUUGGCGGAUCUUCCAAUAUCACACCUGUACCACAAGCUGUACGGGACGUCAGAGAGAACGAGGACUUACCACCUAGAAAUAUAUCUGUGGACUGCCAAUACAAAAAACCGAGAAUGGUAGCCGAAGUAAAACCUAUGCGACCUUCCUACUCUGACGUUUUAACGAAAUCUGCUCCAACUCCGCCAUCACCGUUAACAGUUCAGCCUAUGAAAUCAAAAAUCGAGGCAGCGGGCAAGAAAAUCUCUAAUAAGAAUAUCAAAACUAAAAACAAGCCUGCACUAUUGAAAAGACAGAACUCGUCUGGUAGCGACGAUCACAAUUCUCCGAAAAUGCAAAUUCCUAGAAAGGUUUUCGAAAAAAAUUCUUCCAAUCUUCCAAGACGUUGGGUGUCACUCGACAAUCUCGGCUCACAGUCCGAUUCUCGCCAGAUAAACGCUUUCGAUAGAUCCGAUCAGUUUUGUUCGGAGAAGAAAAAAUCUGAUAAGAAAUCGUCUAAGAAAGCGGAAAAAAGUGAGACCCUUAACAAUACCAAGAUACAAAAUAGUAAUCCUAAAACUGUGGGAAAUAUUCCGAAACGUCCGAUACAGAUAAAUAAUAAUUUGAAUACAAUCAAUACAUCCAGUCAGACCAUCUCGUCUGAAAAAGUGGAAAAGAAUCAACAAAUUAUCAAUAAAGUCACUAAAGAUGAUAAAAAGACGAUCAAGGAAAAGAAUCCCAAACGUUUUCAAGGCACUGAAAAGACACAGCAACAAAUUAAGAAGGGACAAAGAAAUAGAAAAAGAGAAAAUAGAGAAUCUUCUAUUAAAGAUUUUUAUAAAAAUUUGAACAAAUAUGCGACUCGUUGGAGCAAAAUUCUAUUGAAAAUUUUUUAUUGGCUGCUACAUUUAAUUUCCGAUGUCGUUAGCAUGAGUGCUAACUUGGUUAUUCAGCUUGGAAAAUGCGCUUGGUAUCACACCAUACUUUAUUUCAAGUGUUGGUGGAUGUAUGUGGCUGUGACAUUUUGUAAAAUUCGUUUUUUAAACGCUAUUGGUAAACAAUUGGAUAAUUGGCUUGGUAGUAGUAAAUUUGCAUUCUGGAGAAAGAUAAAUACUAAAAAGAACGAGGAGAAAGAAGACAGUGGCAAUUGGAUUCACAGUGGACUAGAAACCAAUAUCGCAUUACCUAGCACUGGCGAAGAAGCUAUGAAAAGAUUACUAGCGUGCAAGGGAAAAGAUCCUUACAGCAUACUCGGUGUUACGCCAACAUGUUCGGACGACGAUAUUAAAAAAUAUUACAAGAGGCAAGCCUUCUUAGUGCAUCCAGAUAAAAAUAAUCAGCCAGGAGCAGAAGAAGCAUUCAAGAUAUUGGUGCAUGCUUUCGAUAUCAUUGGGGAACCGGAACGUAGACAAGCCUUCGAUCAAACUAGACAAGUCGAAGCGGCUUGGGGUGAACUAAGCGACUUGUUGUCUCAACUUCAUCGAAAGAUGGAACAGGCCGCAAAUACGAUAAGGUGUACAAAUUGCGGUUUGAGACACAAACGUAUCCCUACGCAACGCCCUUGUUACGCCGCGCGAUUUUGCAAUCAAUGCAAAAUACGUCACAGUGCGAAAGAAGGAGAUAUCUGGGCAGAGUCUCGUUUAAUGGGUUUCCUAUGGCACUAUUACGCGUGCAUGGAAGGAGCGGUUUACGAUGUAACCGACUGGGCAGCUUGCCAAGCUGGGAAUCUCAAACAUCUCAGAGCGAAUACGCAUAGUGUCCAAUAUAGAAUCGUCUUGGGACAAAGAUUACCAUCUCAAACGUCCGGUAGCGGUAAAAAACGGCAACAGAUAGAUCCCAAUACGAGCGAAGCGGAUUUCGAGGAUUUCCUAAACAAUCUUUACAACCAUAGCAAAUCUGCUGGCGUCAAUACAUCGGCGGAUCAAAAUUCUUUUAGAAGCGAUAGCAGACGACGCAAAACUAAGCGUAAGAAGUAGAUAAAUAGUAGCAUACGAACAAUCGCUGAGCGUUUGACAUCGUCGUUGUAUAAUUAUAAAGUGCGCAUUACAUUAGAACGCAUAUUAUACACAAUCUUAAAUUUAUAUUAUCUUUAAACGAUUAACAUUAGUACGUAGAUGUUACGAAUAUUCACGAAAUGCUAAUAUCUGACUGAUAUUAACGCAAUAUGAGAUUAUAAUGAGAAACUGUGUUCACGACAAGUGUACGUGUACUAAACAUUGUAUUGAAUAGACUCGCCCAUAAAGAAAAAAAAGCUCGAGAGGAUACAUGAAUAUCACAAUUUAGAGAAUUCGGACAAUUUGACAACAGAAACGCUGUCAAAUAUAUUCAACAAAACAGCACAAUAGUGCAAUAUUUUACAGAUAAGAGAAAAAUAAAAACAUUGACUUUCUCCAAGAAGAAAAUAUAUAGAGAUGCCAAAUAAUGAUCAUAGGAAUAAUAUCAUAUGCGUGGCAAAGUUAGAUUUGAACAGAAAAAUUUUUAUACACGCAUUUAGACAAUUUGUAUGUUGUAAAACCUUGUGUUCUUCCAAAAUAAAAAAUAGUAACGAUAUCACAGAUUAUUCAUUAAAAAAACUAACGUUUUCACUUUAUUUUUUAUUUUUUUUUCUUUUAUUAAAUACACACACUCAACCUCAUAUUCAAAAUACACGAGUGUAUAAGUCGCGUGAGAUAUUUAAACAACUAUUAUUCACAACUUAAAUCAAAAAUUGGCAAAUAUGAAGAAGACUGAUUUUCUCUCUUUUUUGUUACUUAUUAAGUUACACACACACACACGCGCGCGCGCGCGCGCACAUGCACGCUUAGGCUUCACACGCACACAUUUACGCGCGUGUCAACGUGUAUGUAUGACAUCUAUUUAUGUGUGUAUAAAUCUAUACCAUAUAUACAAAACUGUAAGAAAAUUGGGAUGAAACAUUACAUAUGCUACAUUACAGAAGAUGCAUAGUAGCUGCAAGUAGAAAAAUAUAGAUCAAGUAGAAAAAUAUAGAUCUCAUCAAGAGAACAAUGGAUUACAAAAAUUGUAUUCUGACAAAGAUUUUUAAAAUACAGCACAGUAAAAAUAGAAAAAA